AAAUUAAUGAGGGGGUUUUGUACAAGCUUAUUUUUAUUUAUACAUCCAUAUUUUUGUUUAAAAAAAAGUGUAUAAAUUUAUUUUAGUAUUUAUUUUAUAAUUAAACCGAUGAAAUAUUUACUAACCUUCUAUAACGUCAUCGUUAUAAUUCAGUAUUCAUUUUUGAACGAUAGAUAUCUGUCAGUUCAGUUUGCUGUCAAGACGUCGCACGUAUUGACGUUUGCUGCAUUGCAUUGACCAUACAAACGCCGACAGGUCAAAGACAAAAAAAACUAUAGGUAAAUUAAGGAACCACGUCAAUUAAGCACAUAUGUAACUAGUUAAAGCAUAUUUAAGUUUAAAACGAUGGUUCGGAAUAGGAAAACCGUUCAUAUUCAGCAUACACAUCGGGGUAACGCGACCAGUAGUAGUUCAGCGAGCAGUGACACGGCUACUGGUAGCCGCACACUAAAAGUUCUUUCAGGAUGGAAAACUGUGAUAGGAUCCGUGUGUUUAACUGUUGCUGUGUACGUCGGGACUUUAGGGUACUUGGAGACCAGGGUGAACACGCCCUUCAGUGAUGAAAAGAUUGUAUCAGAGACAGGUCUCGCUGUCCCGAGCCGGUACUGGGGCUCGUACCGGCCUGGAGUGUACCUUGGAAUGAAGAGCCGAGAGCCCCGCUCCCCCGUGUUUGGGCUGAUGUGGUAUGACUUGGCCAACGUUUCGCAGAAGGGCAUCAGACAUUGGUGCGAGCAGGGCGACGACCUCCCCUCCUACGGCUGGCUGCAGCAUGACGGGGAGCAUUUCGGGGAGCAACGCAUCUUAGAUCCCCCCCACGAGAUCUACACCUCCUUCAUCAAGACUCCGGGGGGCGAACAUGGCGGGCAUUGGACUGUUCGUAUCAAUGUCACCGCUAAGAACAACGCCUACGCCCCGUACGUGCUGGUGUGGUACGGGGCCCUGGACGAGUCGCUGGGGCCGGCGGCGCCGCUCUCCCGCCUCUGGCUGGAGGGCGGCGCCCUGCACGGCCACACGCCGCAACUGCACAACUUCCGGGUCAACCUGGUGCCGCUGAAGGGGAAGGUCCUCCAUACUUCGUUUUCCGAAGGCCACGCACCAGGCCUGCAUCUCCUGAAGGAGAAGUUCUAUUCCCUUCUUAAAGCUGAACAACACCCUACUUUCGGUAGAAUACCUGCACUUCGCCCUGACGAAGAACUGACGAACAAGGAGGCAGAAGUAAACUUCGUGCCAAUCCAGAUGAUAGUGGAACCCCCGUUCGUGAUGGACGUGGUGUUCACUAUAGAGGACCUCCCCACCCCCCCUCUGAAGGGGGCCGAGUAUACCAGGGUGCUAGAAGAUAAGAAGAGGCUGUUCAACGACGAGUUUGAGAGAAAGUUCGGAUUAAGACAGAAGAAUUAUUCGGACCAGGACACCAGGAUAGCUCAGGCGGCUCUGUCGAACAUGAUCGGUGGCAUCGGGUACUUCUACGGCGCGGGCCGCGUGCGAUCACAAUAUACAAGAGAACCGGUGCCUUAUUGGAGGGCUCCACUGUACACUGCUGUACCUAGCAGGUCAUUUUUCCCCCGAGGGUUCCUCUGGGACGAAGGUUUCCACGGAUUGCUCAUCCAGCGCUGGUCUCCAGAGAUCCAGAUGGACAUAGCGGCCCACUGGCUGGACCUCAUCAACGUUGAGGGCUGGAUACCCAGAGAACAGAUACUAGGAACGGAAGCAUUUGCAAGAGUCCCUAAAGAGUUCGUGGUGCAAAGCAACGCGGCUGCCAACCCCCCCAUGCUACUAUUAACCAUCGCUCAUCUCGUCAAAACACAACCUCAACUCUUCCAACCACAGUGGCCUUUGAGAAGGACAUUGGAUCGAAUGUUCACCAGACUACAGAGCUGGUACCAGUGGUUCCAGUCGUCUCAGAAGGGAGACGAACCCACGACCUAUCGCUGGCGAGGCAGGGAGGACGACGGGCUGCAACUUAACCCGAAAACAUUGACUUCGGGCUUGGAUGACUAUCCCAGAGCGUCACACCCGUCAAGUAUAGAGCGUCACGUAGAUCUGCGCUGCUGGAUGUACGCGGCCGCUGAUGCUAUGGCGACCAUAGCUGACGUACUACAGAGAGAUACUACCAGAUUUGAAGCGACCCGAGACCAGUUAGGCGACGAAGAGUUGCUGAAUCAGUUGCACUGGUCGCCGCACACUCAUACUUAUGCAGACUACGGUUUGCACACGGACGGCGUCCGGCUGGUCCGGCAGCCGGCCAAGCGUCCGGGGGAGACCGCUAAGGUGGUCCGGAGCGUCACCGUACCGCCGGAGCCUAAACUGGUCACUUCUGCCUUUGGCUACGUGUCCCUCUUCCCCAUGCUGCUGAAAGUACUGAAACCUGACAGUGAGCACCUGGGCAAGAUACUGCAGGACCUGGACAAGCCGGACCUGCUGUGGUCUAAAUAUGGGCUUAGAUCGCUUUCAAAAUCAUCACCACUCUACAUGAAACGGAACACAGAACACGAUCCGCCAUAUUGGCGCGGUCAAGUGUGGAUCAACGUCAACUAUCUCGCUCUGGCGGCUUUGAAGCACUACUCUAGAGAGGGACCGCAUGCUGUGCGAGCGGGACAGCUGCACGACAGACUGAGAGAGAACAUCGUUCGUAAUCUCCUGUCCGAAUACCGGCGCACGGGAUACUUCUGGGAGCACUAUUCGGAUGUGGACGGCUUCGGCGCCGGCUGCCGGCCCUUCACCGGCUGGACCGGGCUACUGCCGCUCAUCAUGGCCGGGGAAUACUAAUAGCUACAAUGUCCAUUCACUGCCUUUGGGGUGUAUUAGGUUCAGAAAACUGUGAUUUCGGGGUUGGUCCCUAAGUUGUAAGGCCUGAGUGGACGCUCGAGUUGGGCGUGCAGCGGGGCGGAGCUUGCAGCGUGCAUGUUAAACAAAUGCAAACGUAUAGAAGCGGCCAGUGUUGUCACAUCUACCAACUUUUGGGUAGAUCUACCUAUUUUGCCUGCGUUCUACCUAUCUACCUCCCUCGGCCUGAAAUCUACCUAUUUUUCAAAAUGGUACAAUUGUAAGUAAUUCUCAAUACAUGUGACGGAACAUUGCUUAAUUUCUACAGAAUUUAGAUUCGAUGUAAUGAAAACUUGCCAAAGAAACAGAUUAUACAAGCAGAUUCAUUACCUACAAGCAAUGGCAAUCCUCAUUUUUGUUUCGAUUUCUUUAAUAAACUCGUGUACUAACAUCACAAUAUUAAAUACUCAUAAAUAAUUUGAAAAUUUCUAUACACAUUUUUAAUCAUAAAAACGUACUUGCUAUUGAGUGGUACAUCUACCUGUUUUUCAUUUUAAAACCACCCAUUUCUACCUAUUUUUGCACCCUGUUCUACCACUUCGGCAAAAUUGUAUGUGACAACACUGGAAGCGGCCUUAUUGCACGCUUACAUUUUUUUUUAAUUUGAACUAUUUAUUUCUUUUUAAAGUUUUUUACAUCAGUACAUGUCCCGAUACUAAGCUUAAUCUAUAUUGGUUUGAAAUUAUUGGGUAAGACGAGCAGGCUAUAAUUUAAAUUUAUUAAUUACAUGCUUAUUUGUCUUUACUACAUUAUAGAUUUAUUAUGACUUAAAUCUAACAAGGCUUUCUUGGUUAUACAUUUAAUCUUAUGUGGCUUAGCCUCUAUAUUAUCAAUGACAAAACUAUUUAGGAUACUUGGUAAGUAGCUAUACCAUACUCUUUGUCCAUAUAUGUUAAUACUCCUGGGAAGGUUAAAUUUUUUUUCAGUUACCAAAUGUUUUUCCAAUCGCUUGUGAGCCCGACGCCACGCUGCACGCUCCGCUUCGAGCGUCCACUCAGACCUUUACACUAAAGGUUACACAAAUGACCUAAAUCUUUACGGGUUUGAGUAAAAGGUUUUAGUUAAUAAACAUAGUGAAUAUUAGCGCAACCAUAGAAAAAUAAGAAGUAAUAGAGUGCUCACUCUAUACAUCAGUUUUGGUACCAAAAUGCUUAUUAUAUGCGCAGUCGACAUCUAGCAUCGAGUAGCGGAACUCUCAACUGCUAUUCGACAAUAGAUAUCGCGGCAAACAAAUAGUGUAAUGCUCAACGAUUUUCCGCUAAUAUUAUAACCAGAGUAAGCAUAGGAGUUGAAAAUAGAGUUCCGGUGAAAGUGAUAUUUGUAUAUAAAGUGACGGUGAAAAUAAGGUUUUUUUAUCAUAAAAUAAUUUUUGAGACAAGCUAUUAUCGCUGACAGAUUUUUGACCAAAACACAACCUGUGUUUGGGUCAAAAAUCUGUCAGCGCCAAUUCUAAAAAACCCCAAACACAAUUAGAUUGCGUUGUUUUAUCACAGAGUUCCUAUGACCACCCCCUGUCUCCAUCAUCAGAUCAGCUCGAUGGUACCAUAAUAAUGCACUAUCGUCAGUCAAAAAUCUGUUGCGUUGUUUUAUCACAGAGUUCCUAUGGCCACCUCCCGUCUUCAUCAUCAGAUCAGCUCGAUGGUACCAUAAUAUUGCAUGUCGUCAAAUUCACAUAUGCGUGCAAAAUUUCAGCUCAAUCGGAAACCGGGAAGUGGGCAAGAGUUGAUUACAGACAGUCCUAUAGGCGUGCGCCCGUGAGGGACAGAAUAUACGCAAUGCGACAAAAUUAAAAACACGGUUCACAGGACAAGUGAAAUUAAGUAAAAGCUUUCAAUACCUAUAGUUUUUUUUGCAUUAGAAAGACGAUCUUGAUAAAGAUUUUUAUUUACAAUAACAAUAUACAUAAUGGAUAUAUACAGAGGAUUACUAUAAAUAGCUUAAAUCAUGUACAUGCAAAUAUAGGCCCUUGAGGCAGUGUACAAAGGAUGCUGGUGGCAUUUCCCCGUUGUAUCGCAAUACAGAUACUUUGUGCGAGGAAGCCGCCAACACCGCGGUAAUUAUAUUAUAUAUUGGCCCUCAAUACCGUAUUUCCGGAAAUAAUAUCGGUAUUGAAUAUGACAAUUCAAAAAUUAAAGGUACAUGUCAGCCAUCUUGGAUUCAACUAUUGACAUUAUUUUCCCCCGAAAACCUAGAAAACGAUAACCAUUAUUUUAACAAUUAUGUCUGAAGUCACUCGGUACUGGGGACAAAAGGGCAUAGGCCCUAUUAAAGAAGAACAACGGGUCGGCAACGCGCAUGUAACACCUCUGGAGUUGCAGGCGUCCAUAGGCUACGGUGACUGCUUACCAUCAGGCGGGCCGUAUGCUUGCUUGCCACCGUCGUGGAAUAAAAAGAAGAACAGUCGGUCUAAGCUAGAGUGCGACCAGGCUAACUCUGCAGCGAUUCUGAUAGCACAGACUGCAAGUGCUAUUUUAAACGUGAAACUUCUAUGAAAUUAUAACGUAAAAUAACACUUGCACAGUGUGUGCUAUGAGAAUCGCUGCAGAGGUAGGUGACGUCUUUGGCGGUCAUUGGCUUAAUAAUGACAUGACCGCACUUUGUCAUUGCAAAUGGCACGCACAGUAAGCUAGGUCAGAAUCGUACAUGCAAAUAAUAGUUGUUAGUAUAGUAGUCAAAAAAGUAACUCUUUCGCAUUUAUAUAUUUAAUAGUGACAAAUAUGUGAUUUCGGGGUUAGUCCCAUGGUAAAUAAUAAAUAAUAUAAAUAAAUAUUAUAUUACACAAAUUGACUAAGUCCCACAGUAAGCUCAAUAAGGCUUGUAUUGUAGUGUACCUAAACAACGAUAUAUAUAAUAUGUUAUAAUUAUAAAUACUUAAAUACAUAUAAACACCCAUGACUCAGAAACAAAUAUCCGUGUUCAUCACACAAAUAUAUGCUCUUACCAGGAUUUGAACCCGGGACCAUCAGCAUCAUAGGCAGGGUCACUACCCACUACGCCAGACCGGUCGUCAAUCAUGGUAAAUGUUGCUCAGUGUGAUCUAUAUAUUCAGCCCGUAAAUUAUUGCAGAUGACUAAAAAAGUGGCUGUGACAUAACCGGACAGACAGACGGACAUGACGAAUCUAUAAGGGUUCCGUUUUUUGCCAUUUGGCUACGGAACCAUAAUAAACACCCUGUAUAUAUCAGCGAAGAUCUUCUCAUAUUAGAAAAACUAACUUUAAGUGCCCUAGUUCCAAGUUGUACAAUAGGAUAGUACAUCAUUGAAACGAAUAGUGUGUUCAUACUUCAUACAUAAAUAAAUCGUAGGGAAAAAAUUCGUAGUUAACCCUUUGGACGCCUAAAAGUCCUAAAACCCUUAAGUGUCAUAUUGUACGCUGUAAAAGUAACCUUUUCAGCUUUUAAGACUCACACCAAACCUUGUAUAAAAGUUGUGUAUGUAAAAAUUCUUCUUGCUAUAAUUCCUAUAAGAUCUAAACUUUUAAGUGCCAAUUACAUCCACACUUUAUCAGGGCUGAUAUCAGACCCGAUUUCGGGCCCGAAAAAGAGUAUUUUUCCGUUUCACCAUACAUCAGCACAUCGUUUAUAAUAUUUCAAUAUAAAAAAAAUGUUUCAUAUGCAAAAAUAUCAUUGAACAUUUUUGGCAAUUAGAGAUUAUUUUUUACAUUUCAAAUAUUGUAAACGAUUUGCUAUUUUCCGUGAAACGGAAAACGAUUAUCAGGCCUGAAAUCGGGAAGGGUGGAUGUAAUUGGCGCUUAAACUAUAUUCUGUAUCUUUAGGUUUUUAAAUCAGAGUAAAUAAAAUCUACCCUCAAGUGGCUCCUUAAGCCAGUUGAGGGUAGAUGAAAACAUUACAUGAUCAAAUAAUGUAGGUUAAAGUCAGGUCGUUCAGUGACAGAUCCAGGCGGUUUUGUAUUUGGUCGGUUAACCAAUAAAUGUUAUAACUACCCGAAAAUGUACAAAUUGUUUUUUUACUUCUAUUUAAAUACCUAACGAUACAGAGUAUAUUACCGCACCAGACAUAUACACCGUGACUUUAUUUUGGCAAUUUUUUAUUUGGGACCAGAUAUCCAAAGCUUAAAAAAAUCUAUAUCCCUGUAGGUAAAAAAGGUGUAUGUCAAAUUUAAUGUUAUUUCGAUCGUAUCAUAGAUGGUAGGAUCGUAUAGAUGUGCUAGACCGCGUGCGCCCGUGAGGGACAGAACUGUGGGAAUUAAAAAAAAAUGAGACUGUGAAAGGGACAAAUAAUAAUAGCGCUUUCUCUGCUACUCCUACUGAAAAAUACACAAGACUAUCCUGUUCGGUCAUUUCCCCCAAUCGCUCAUGCCUGGGCGGCUACCGGGAAAAUCGAAAUUCUUCAAUUGCGGGCAUUUUUCUCUGUCAUUCUAAUUACGUCUUAGUGAGAGUAAAAGAGAAACAUCCCCGCAAUUUGCGAAUUUCGGUUUUCGCGGUAGGCCCCCUGAUCCAGGGCUAUAACCGCGAAAAUCGAAGUUCGUCAAUUGCGGGCAUUUUUCUCUGUCACUCUAAUUACGUUUUACUGAGAGUAAAAGCGAAAGAUCCCCACAAUUUGCGAUUUUCGCGGUAGGCCCCCAGUUAUACUAGAUUCAUGGAUUGUAUGGUGGCGUUUAGGUUCUUGUUACUCUUGAGUAAGGUUUAUAUUGACUCUUGUAUUAUGCGCGUGGUGUUCAAAGGGCGUGAAAGGGCUAAUCGAAAUAACUGAUCUUAUAAGGCAAGUUACCUUAAGUAAGACAUAAACAUAAGCAUAGAGUUAAAUCAAGUUAAGUUGGCAGCGAUUUUGAUAGCCCAGACGGUGCACGUGUGUGUUAUUUUAAACGUCAAACUUCUAUGAAAUUAUGACGUUUACCUGACACUUGGACUAUCAAAACCGCUGCCAACUUAUCUUGGUCUGACUCUACUCACUAUGCCGUAUUUGCUGAAAUAUGUAGAUAUUUAAUAAAUUGCAUUCCUUUUUUUUUAGCACAAAAAACAGAUAAUUCUUAUUUGAGCAUAUGCGGCGAAGUGUGUAGGCUAUAAGACUUUUAGUUCAUUUAAAAUGUAAAGUAGGAAAACAUUUUGUUAUUAUAAUUUUGUGUACGUAUAUUAUUUGAUUAUAAAAUAAAUUGUUACUACAAACUCA